UUACAGAUACAGCAUCAAGGACGCAAGAAAAUGAGGAGGGAGGGGGGGGGGAGGGAGAGACCAGACGAUCAGCGCGCGCACAGCCCCUCCCCCUCCCCCGUGUACCAAGUCCCACUUUAGCGGUUUCUGGUGAAGGGCAUCAAGCUACUGUGUACUCACAGUAGCAGGCAAUGACACCGUCUCAUUUUGUUGUCAUCGUUGCACUUGCGGAAUAAUUCGGUAAAGGUAAGGUAUAUACGUGAACUUACUUUUUAAGCGGUUUAACAAUUUAAAUUGUUUUCUUGGGGGGAAAACCAAAUAUAUUUGUAGGGCAUAUUCUGUAACGUGUCGCGAAUAUCGGUUGGCGUUCCGUUUAGAAUUUUGAAGAGAGUAGGCCUACCAGUGUUGAAUGUCACAACUGGCUGAUUUGAUGCGUGCAGCGUUGUAAUAGAGGUGCGGGGGAAGGGGGGACGUUGAAACUGUAAGCAAGCAAACACAUAUUAGUAUUAGGCCUACACAUUAAAUGUUCUGCUGUGUUGAGACGCAUGGUGUCAUUGAUUAGCCUAGAUAAAGACACACUUCACUGACAGCUUGCUUUGUUUUGGAUGCAUGAAAUCUUCAGUGUUGACUUGAAGUGAGGGCUGUAAGUUUUAAAUUCUGAGGAAUAUAAACUUAAGUAUAUAAACGGUCUUCUACCCGCUGUAACGUAAAUAACUGGGGCGUAAGGGUGGGGGUGGGGGAGGAGGGGAUACAGCGAACAGGGCGUUGAUACUGAGCGCUAAAAUCGACAUAGGCAAUCUUACUUAUUAAGUGUGAAUUUUCAAAUGCUUUGCUUAGUCUUAAGGGUUAAACAUGCUAACGUUAAUUCAAAAAUCUUCGCUAUUAUUGAUAAUUCAACUUCUUUUUUUUCCACGUUGUUAAAAUACUGAUCAUUGAAUUUGAAUGAUGGUAUCAUCCCCUCUAGACUUACCCAUGGACUUCCUCUGAUUAUUCCUGCUCUGGUGACACCCUGCUCUUGUAUUUAAAUUUAACUUAAAUCUGUUAUAAAACAGACUUGAGCAAACUCACUUACUCAAAUUACUCUAUUCUAUUUGUUGUCGCCUCCUGUGAGGGUGUCACCCUAAGCCUAUGUGAUCCGCAUCCCCCUUGCACUCCCCUAGUGACACUACUGUUUUGAACUAAACUAUAUGCUUUGCUGUAAACUGCUAUGUGUAAACUAUGAAGACUACACGGGGUACCGGUAUCAUAACUUGUACAGGCCUACAAUGGCUACAUCCAAUGUUCCAGGUCACAUCCUGUCACUAAUGUAACUUAACUGUUAUUUCCGUACCAGUUGCCUAUGCAGGGGUUUGAUGGUUUGGUAAACUUAUUCAAAAUUAAGUUUAAGGCUAACUUUAAGUGAUACAAAUAUUACUGAGACCAGGUUUUUCUGCAUUUAGAGGUAAGUAAGUGGUGCAUAUUAUAUGAAAAGACGAAUAGUAAUUUCCUUUUACGGAAAUGUUUUUUUUUUUUUAGCUUUUUCAAUGUUGAUGUGGCAAAUAUCUUUAUUUAUAUGAAAGAGCCCAGGAAACUUUCAGUUAAACUACCUAAUGACGUAAUUCAAUCAUAAUAUGUUUUAAUAAUGGUUUAGUUUAAAAAUAUGAAGACAUGACAUUAGGGGCCAUCCAUAAGUGAAGUCACACUAUUUUGGCAGAUGUUUGACCCCCAGGUAUAGGCCUACCAUCCUUAAAAAUUUGUCCCAUAAUUUACACACCCUCCCACCCCCUAGAUGCAUGACAUGUCAUUUAUGGAUGGUCCAUUUAUUACAUACGUAUUGUCCAUUUAAUUUAAUUGCACUGUCUCAUUUCUCUCAUUAGGUUUAAAUUUGAACAAGUUCACCAUGUUUCCACCCAUCCCAGGAACGGUUGGUAACAAACAGCUGUUAGAAAAAUAUCUCCACCUUGAACAGCCAGAUGAUCAGGUAAACACCUUCUUUUUUUUUCUUUUUUUAAAUAAAAUGGUUUUCCUCAACUUUUGAAUUCCAAUAAAUAUUUUAUAAAUCUUUGACUUCCAAGUCAGUUUGAAUGAUUCUAUUUCUAUACCGGUAAUAUUCUAUUCUCAAUUUGAUUAACCGCAGGUAAUGGCUGAAUAUGUAUGGAUUGAUGGCACAGGUGAAGGCAUUCGGAGUAAAUGUCGAACUCUUGACUUUGAACCCCAGAAACCAGAUGGUGAGUACCGGCACUGAUUUUCUCCUUCAUCUGCCAAUUAAUAUCAAAACCAGUCAUUCAGCUUUUCCUAUGUUAUCACUGUCCCAAUAUUUCUAACAUCAUUAAAAAAAAAAAUAAUUUUUUUUUUUAAAUUUUCUAACAUCAUAUGAUUGAUUGUAUUCCUAUUUUUAAAAUUUAUUAUUUACAUUUAAUUUUUUUUUCCCCACCACUAAGACUGCCCCAUCUGGAAUUUUGAUGGUUCUAGCACAUACCAAGCCGAGGGCUCCAACUCUGACAUGUACUUGUACCCCUGUGCACUGUUUAAGGACCCUUUCAGAGGUGGUAAGAACAAGCUGGUGCUGUGUGAGGUCUACAAAUACAACAAAAAACCUGCAGGUUGGUGUAAAAAGAAAAUGCAUUUGAAUAGUUGUAAUUGAUCCGUUUAUUGAAUCAACUUUUACUUCUUCUUCUAUAUUUCUUCUAUAUUUUGAGGGCCCACAGUUAAUGUACCGGUAUUGAUCAUUUUGGCUCCUAUGUUUGUAGAGGGGUACUUUUAGGUUGUGACUCCAACAUUUUUUGUCAUUAACAGAAUUUUACUUUUAUCAAAACCUCAUGUUUUAAUAAUUUUUUGUUUUGCUUAGAGACCAACAGAAGAAAGACAUGCAAGGAAGUCAUGAGCAGGGCCUCAGAUGCCCACCCAUGGUUCGGUAUUGAACAAGAAUACACACUCCUGGACUAUGAUGGUCAUCCUUUUGGCUGGCCAAAGAAUGGCUUCCCUGGACCCCAAGGUUAUAUUAUAACCUUACACUUAUUGUGUAGCCAAAGACCAGGUGCAUCAUUUCAGGUGGGGGGGGGGAGGUGGGGGAAANGGGGGGAAUCAUGUCCUACCCAAAUGAUGUCCCUGCCAAAGACAUUAAAAAAAAAAUGUCAUCACAUGAAAAGGGAUUUAUUUCGAGCUGAUGUUAAUAAGAUAACAUUACCAUUAAAGCACAACUUGCAAUAUCUCAUGUUACAGAAGAACGAACGUUCUGCUCUGAUUACCAUGCAUUUCUAUGUGUAGCCUUACUGAAUGUUAGAUUACAUCAGUUCUUGGCCAGCCGAUGCAAGUACUAGUAAUAAAAAUCCAUAAGAUGGUACAAAUACUGUUAAGUUUAUUUUUAGGGGGGGGGUGUUAGAAUUCUGGUUGCAACCCCUGUUUAGUAUCGACUAUACUAUUAAAGCUCACCAAACAAUGGUGACAGAAAUGCAUGCACUCACUCAAGCAAUGCACUUUACAAAUAUCCCAAUUCCUGCUAAAACACCCCCCAGGUUACGACACCACACACUUUUUCAUGCCCCUGAACCUGAACUAUAUUUAAACUUGAAUGUCCCACCCCUUUUUACACCGCAGAAUUAUUACACUAUAUUGAAAUUGAGAAUAUUUCUGUAUUUAAAAAACUUAAAAUAUUAUGCACCAAACACAUUUGUGUUAUUUUUAAGAGACUAUUUUUCAGUUUUCAGGAAUGUUUUUUGCCCAAUAUUGAUCUCACAAUUACGCCUAACUUACUUUCACACCUAGAGAAUUAUAUGUACCGGGUACCGGUAUUGAUAUGACAUAAAUUUAAAAAACUUUGGAUCUCCAGUUUUUGCAUCUCUGCCCUAAUGCAUCAUGCUUUUAAACAAAUUGUAUGGUUAAAAACCAGAAUUCAUUUUAUACUUUUUACCCAUCUACUUUCUUCUAUACUCCCAUUAACCUUGACCUUGUGAUUACUAAAUAGCUUGUUUUGCUUGUCCUUGGGAAAAGAAGCUAUCACUUUAAUGGACCUAAUGCUUUUGUCAUUCAUUGUAUAUCCAGGUCCCUACUACUGUGGUGUUGGUGCCAACAAGGUCUAUGGCAGGGACAUUGUUGAGGCCCACUACAGGGCCUGCUUGUAUGCUGGUGUCAAAAUUAGUGGCUGUAAUGCUGAGACCAUGCCAGCUCAGGUACCUGACCUUUGAACUCCUUAUUGUACUUCAUACCAAUGUAAAAAAAUUUAAGUCUUUUAAAAUCGGUGGAUAUUCUGUCAAAAAUUUGAGAUUGAAUGAGGAACAAGAAAAAUAAAUCUAAAUAAAAACUUUGUGGGACUUUUAGGUGUGGUGGUGGGAUAUCAGGUGGUAUAGUGGGAAUGCCAGUUAGGGCAUAAUAUAAAUGUUAAAACUUUCAGCAAAGUAAUAUUUCAACCAACUACAGUGGGAGUUCCAAGUUGGACCUAGUGAAGGCAUUGACAUGGGAGACCACUUGUGGAUUGCCAGGUACAUCCUCCAUCGUGUGGCAGAAGACUUUGGUGUGAUUGUCACCCUUGACCCCAAGCCCAUGGAAGGUGACUGGAACGGAGCAGGUGCUCAUUGCAACUACAGCACCAAGGAGAUGAGAGAACCAAAUGGUAUCAAGUAUGUUAUUAUUUUUACACCUUUGAUGUUAUCAGUAAUAUCGGUGAUAAUAAUUAACAAGUCUUUAGCACCAUCGUGGCUCUAAAAGGUUAGUGGCGUUACAGACAGUGUAAAUGGCUUUACUGGAUUAAUAGUUAUUAAUAAUAUUACUGGAUUUGGCUUGAAUAACUGAAGUGUUAUUAUUACGGUACUCACAAAAUAAUGCUGAAAUAUAUACUUUAAUUUUUUUAAAUAUCCUAACACAGAGCUAUUGAGGAAGCCAUUGAAAAACUCUCCAAACAUCAUGUCCGCCACAUCAAAGCAUAUGAUCCACGUGAGGGAAAGGAUAAUGAACGGCGUUUGACUGGCCGUCACGAGACUUCAAGCAUCCAUGAUUUCUCAGCAGGAGUAGCCAAUAGAGGGACGAGUAUUAGAAUACCUCGUCAGGUAAGAUUUCGGAUUUGACAUAUUUUUGACAGUUGUAUCUGGAUCGCAGUUCGGUGAUUGUAAAUAAUAUAAAUGGCAUUAUUAUAAAUUUAUUAUUUUUAUCAACUAUUUUUUAAAAUAUUUUUAGUGCCUGCUAUUUUAUAAGUGUUGUGCUGUACUCAGAACCAUCUCUUGAAUUUCCGAGGUCACCUGCCACUCUUGAGUUUUGUGCAAUCUGCACUCAAAGUUGAUGCCGUAGCUGUAAUUAUUUUACACAUCACAACUUUCAGCCCCUUAAAUAUCCAAGGCCCUUUGCAGCCACUUCAGAGGCGGGGCCCACGCAAUAUCUUUGGUUUUACUGAGAAUAAAUGAGUUUAUUGUGGUGUGCUAACUUUCAUUCAAUAAUUAUCUCAAAGCAGUGUGAUUUAUCUAUGGCAGGUUGCAGAAGAUAGAUGUGGUUAUCUUGAGGACCGACGGCCAUCUUCUAACUGUGACCCAUAUGCUGUGACUGAGGUGUUGGUGAGAACCACAGUUCUUUCAGAACAGUGACUCAGCAUCCAUUCAGUAUGCUGACUUGACUGGCACAACAUUAAUAAUAGACAGUGCAUAAAAAGAGCCACAUGAGAUCUGAAAUAAAUUCUCUUAAAAAUAAAAAAUUUUUUAGGAUUGUUUCCAAGAAGUAACAUGUUUGCGAAUACCUAAAAAAAAGGUACAGGAUAAAUGUGCCAUAAGAGUUCAAUUAUGUUUAACCAACUGUAAAAUUUGAGUACAAUUUGCUUAAUUUCCUGUUGUAAUGUCACCUUUUAUCUUAAGGAUUGUAUUUCUGCAAUUCCUUAUGUAAAUAUUAAUUUUCUGUUUGUAAAUAAGGGAUAUUUUGACAAAACUUAUGCAGUUUUACUAUGCCAAGCAUUUUAUCAACCCAUUCCAUGUUUUUUUGUUUUUUUUCUAUUGAUCUACCAGUUGGCCUGCAUCAUGCAAGCCCUCCUUACCAAUGUUAUACCUCUACCCUUUUUUUUCUCUUUCUAUUACCUGUACUGUAUCAAGGAAAAGUAUUCCAUUUUUAAAGUGUUUCUUUAACUGGAGUGUAGAUUUGUAACCACAUUUUGCCUGUUCUGACAUUGGCACUAUUGCGUGAGACAAAAAUCAUAAAUAAGAAAUAGUUGACCAGCCAAUAUUUCAUUGUUUGGUUAGUGUGACCAUUUUUUACUUAUAUUGUGACCAUUGUUUGACAAGUAAUGCCUUUCAUGUGGAUACUUUAAACACAAAUAAGUUUGAAAAAUAAGUGUUCCAUUAUGAGUGGGCUGGCAACAGCGCAAUUAAAAUACUGUAUGGGUUGAAAUUGAACAUGUUUUUUUUUUAGAUCUGUUGGAAAAUUAUUGAAUGAUUGAAUUGAAAAUCAAAUUAAUCUGAUAUUCCUCUGGGACAGGAAUCAAUUAAAACAGUGGUAGCCAACCCAAAUGGCUUCACUGGCCAUUUUAGUCAUGGGCUAACUUUUUGCAGGUCGCUAUCCAUCAAACCCGGUGAAAAUAAAUACCAAAUAAACAAUAAC